GUGGUUGCAAGUCGUCGUUAAAGAAGAAGAAUAGAAGAGGAAGAAGAAAAAAAAAGGAAGGAAGGAACUUGCUAGCUGGCUAGCUAACUAGUUUAGCAAUCUUCUGGUUUUAGCGUUUUGAUAAUGGCUCCUUUAGACCUUGAUAAGUACGUUGAAAUAGCGAGACACUGCAAAUACCUGCCGGAAAAUGAUCUAAAGAGAUUGUGUGAUUAUGUUUGUGAUUUACUGCUGGAAGAAUCAAAUGUUCAGCCAGUCUCUACUCCAGUUACUGUUUGUGGAGAUAUUCAUGGUCAGUUUUAUGAUCUUUGCGAGCUCUUCAGAACUGGAGGCCAAGUUCCAGACACAAAUUAUAUUUUCAUGGGAGACUUUGUAGACAGAGGAUAUUAUAGCUUGGAGACGUUUACACAUCUGCUAGCUUUAAAAGCAAAGUGGCCGGAUCGUAUCACACUUCUACGUGGAAAUCACGAAAGCAGACAAAUAACACAAGUGUACGGCUUUUAUGAUGAAUGCCAAACAAAAUAUGGAAACGCAAAUGCCUGGCGGUAUUGCACAAAAGUGUUUGACAUGCUGACUGUGGCCGCUUUGAUAGAUGAGCAGGUCCUGUGUGUACAUGGUGGUCUUUCACCUGACAUUAAGACGUUGGACCAGAUCCGCACCAUUGAACGCAACCAGGAGAUUCCCCACAAGGGGGCCUUCUGUGAUCUUGUGUGGUCAGAUCCGGAGGAUGUGGACACCUGGGCUAUCAGUCCACGAGGUGCAGGCUGGCUGUUCGGCUCCAAGGUUACUAAUGAGUUUGUGCACAUCAACAGUCUGAAGCUCAUCUGCCGUGCACAUCAGCUUGUUCAUGAAGGCUACAAGUUCAUGUUUGACGAAAAGCUGGUGACAGUGUGGUCGGCGCCCAACUACUGCUACCGCUGCGGAAACAUUGCGUCUAUCAUGGUGUUCAAGGAUGUCAACAGACGAGAACCCAAGCUUUUCCGUGCUGUCCCUGACUCUGAGCGCGUCAUACCACCCCGAACAACCACUCCCUACUUCCUCUAAUGACAAGAGCCAGUUCUCUCUCCUCUCCACCCUCUGGAGAUCUCAACUCUUAACAUAUUUUUUAAAAUUCAUUGAAGUAACAUCCCUUCAGGUCUACAGAAUCUUAAGUAGCUACAGUUUGUAUGCACUUACUCACUUUGUUCUGUUAUGAAGGUAAACAUCCUCUUCUCCCCCUCAAUGAGAAUACCUUUUUUAAAUUUCUUCAUAUUUUAACUAGAAAAUGUUGAAUGGUUUAAUUUUGAUGUUAUGUAUCCCACUUAAGCAAAUAAAACCUUUUAAACUGGUGGUAACUGCCAAUAAUGUGUUCAAAUAAAGUGAUAUAUAUUUUAUUUAU